AUGGAUGGUAAUUAUAAUCGGAAAUGGUGCACAAUUCUUCCAGGACUGUUUAAUAUUGCACCACAAACAUGUCCGCCAACCGCCAGCGGCAGCUGCGUCGUGCAUGUUGUGAGGAACUGGUUGCGGUCCCAUGAAGAUGCCCAGAUAAUGAUAGCCAGUAUACUGGUGGUCGUGGGGCUGUGGUGGAUAGUCAGAGCUAUCCUCUCACUCUUCAUCAACCUGAUCUGUCCAUUAAUGGUCGUCGUACUAGCUGUAGUAUGCGUACCCCAACUUCGAGGGCCGCUCUUUGGUCAAAACUAUCCACAACUUGCAAACCUAUUAAGAAGCAUACUCCUGAAGAUGGCUGACAACAUACAAGCGUGA